AUGGCCUCCGCGCGGCCGCCGGGCCGGGCCUGCGCCGCGGUGCCCGCGCCCGCGGGGCUCCGGGCCGGGCCGCCCGCCCUCCCUGCCGCCGUCGCCGUUUCCCCCGAGCCUGCGGGCGGCGCGGAGGCCGAAGAGCGCUCGCUGCAGCACAUGCUGCGCGCCAUAGCCGAGGAGCGCGGCCGCGUCAGCCUGCGCCGCGAGGUCUGCGGCCUCGGGCGCUUCAAGGACGACCGCAUCGCGUUUUGGACCUGGAUGUUCUCCACCUACUUCAUGGAGAAGUGGGCCCCGCGCCAGGACGACAUGCUCUUCUACGUGCGCCGGAGGCUGGCGUUCGCGGGCAGCGAGGCUGCCCUGGACGGGCGGAAGCUGGCGGAGGCCGAGCCGGAGGUAGAGGUGGAGGUGUACCGGCGGGACUCCAAGAAGCUCCCGGGCCUCGGAGACCCUGACAUCGACUGGGAGGAGAGCGUCUGCCUGAACCUCAUCCUGCAGAAGCUGGACUACACGGUGACCUGUGCUGUGUGCACGCGGGCCGAUGGCGGCGACAUCCACAUCCACAGGAAGAGGUCCCAGCAAGUGUUUGCGUCCCCCAGUAAGCACCCCAUGGACAGCAAAGGGGAGGAGUCCAAGAUCAGCUACCCCAACAUCUUCUUCAUGAUCGACAGCUUCGAGGAGGUGUUCAGUGACAUGACCGUGGGGGAAGGGGAGAUGGUCUGCGUGGAGCUGGUGGCCAGUGACAAGACCAACAUGUUCCAGGGGGUCAUCUUCCAGGGCUCCAUCCGCUAUGAGGCGCUCAAGAAGGUGUACGACAACCGCGUGAGCGUGGCGGCCCGUGUGGCCCAGAGGAUGUCGUUCGGCUUCUACAAGUACAGCACCAUGGAGUUCGUGCGCAUGAAGGGGCCCCAGGGCAAGGGCCACGCCGAGAUGGCGGUCAGCCGCGUGUCCACCGGUGACACGUCCCCCUGUGGGACGGAAGAGGACUCUAGCCCGGCCUCGCCCAUGCAUGAGCGGGUGACCUCCUUCAGCACACCCCCCACCCCCGAGCGGAACAACCGGCCUGCCUUCUUCUCCCCAUCCCUCAAGAGGAAGGGGCCCCGGAACCGGAUCGCGGAGAUGAAGAAGUCUCACUCGGCCAACGACAGCGAGGAGUUCUUCCGGGAGGACGACGGGGGAGCCGACCUGCACAAUGCCACCAACCUGCGGUCUCGCUCCUUGUCGGGCACGGGGCGCUCCCUGGUCGGGUCCUGGCUGAAGCUGAACAGAGCAGAUGGGAACUUCCUUCUCUAUGCACACCUAACCUACGUCACUUUGCCGCUGCAUCGGAUUUUAACAGACAUCCUGGAAGUUCGGCAGAAGCCCAUCCUGAUGACCUAG